CUUAUUAAAUAGACAGCCGCGAUGAGUGGUUCCUUCGAUCUUCCGACUGGCGAAGACGGAGCUCCUCUCUGUCCCCCUGCCUACUCCUCAGAAGUGCCCCCCUCCCAUUCCUCAAAUGUGGCCCCCGCCACAGGCAGAAACACAGUACCUUCAAGUCCACAAAUCGGAUACGAUUGGUCCAGCCAGCCCCUGGAGGCGAGUGAGGUGAGGUGGUUUUUCGAGGACAGCAAGAUCAAGAACAAGUGGCUCCCUUUCAUGGGCGGAGACUCACUUGCUUUAGAGAACCAACACAGGGCCUGUUUGAACGGCACAGCAGGCGAGCAGAGGGUGUUUGUGAGGGGGAAGUUGUACGAAGUGUAUGUCAAAGAGAGAGUGUGCAAGAGCAUCUACUGGCCAGAAGAUUCCGUAAGGGUCUUGCGAGGUUCGUGGUUCAACCUGAGGACAUGGCAGCCCCUCUCUGAGGUAUCGGCUGAAAUGUUGGAAGCAAAGCAGGCCCAGCUAUACCCCUAUGGAAGUGUGACCAAAAUUCCACCACGCAAGCCGAGCGAGAAACCAAAAUCCUUGGCGAAGGUGCAACUGGAAGAUUGUUUCGUGGAGUGGUACAGCCCAGUGACCAUACAUGCAUUCAAGCAGAACAUGAUGUCCAAAAUGAGUCGCAGUAUCGGAGUGGACCUCCUCGGAAUCAGCAAAACCCAGCAGUCAGACGGGAGUGUUGCGAGGGGCUACUGCGAGAAUGCCUCAGUGACUGACCAAGUACCUCCAGUGGACCAUGUGCUGUUCCUCGUGCAUGGCAUCGCCCAGAGAACGACUGCAGAGAUAAACAUCGAAGCCAUAGCUAAGAACCAAGUGCACCACAUGUGCACGUCCACUCGCAACCUGGUGGCCAAAUACCAGAAGGAACUCUACCCCAACUUCUCAUCCAACAGAGUCGAGUUUCUCCCUAUCGAGUGGAGGUCCAAAAUAAAGCUGGACGAAGGUGUGCUGGACUCUGUGACGUUGCGGAAGAUGCGUCGGAUUCGGGAGCUGGGAAAUGCGAGUGUGUUGGAUGUCCUUUUCUACACCUCCCCCCUCUACACAGAAGAGAUCUUGGAUACUGUUGUGAAAGAGAUACAUCGACAGUACAAUCUAUUCAUCGAGUACAACCCUGAGUUUGUGAAAAAUGGCGGGAAAGUGUCUUUAAUUGGCCACUCGUUGGGAUCCGUCAUCUGUUACGACAUCUUGAGGAACUACAGGACUAUGGACGACUUCGUGGCCAAUCUGCAAAAUGAGGCAAUGGCAAACUCUUCCCAACCAUCUCCGGAAGUGGCCAAGUAUUUUGAGCUCAAAAAGCAGCUGCUACAGCUAGAACAGUCCAUUGCCAAGCCCUACUACGAUUCAUUCGGACCGCGGAGCCUCCCGUUCAACGUAGAAAACUACUACGCAGUUGGAUCUCCCCUCGGCUGUUUCCUGGCUCUGAGGGGAAUCAAACCCUCCCAAAAUGGAUCAAUUGAGAAUCUGCUUCCGAAAAAUGCGGCAAAGAGGUUUUACAACUUGUUCCAUCCCUAUGACCCUGUGGCGUUCCGAUUGGAGCCCUUGUUGCUGCCCCAUUACAAGCGAGUGAGGCCAGUGGGGGUGCACGUGCACAGUCAGAGUGAGAUGCCAGCUUAUGAGGACAUGCAACAGACAGUGUACGAGGAGGACGAUGACACCACUGAGAUGCAGUCUAUGGGACCCAACAAUAGUAGCCAGGCCAACACUGGAAACGCAUCUGGAUUUAGCGGCGGUGGUCUGAACUUCAUAGAUGGGUUGCAGAAAGAGAUCAAAAAGAACACUCGACAGGUGAAGAGCAAAGUUACAGAGCCCAUUUACAGUCGCACGGGCAUUGUAAGUGGAGCAGGUCAAUCGGGGUCAAAUGACACGGCCUCUUCUUCAGCAGGGGAACACAUGAAGUUUGCAGAUGAACACUAUCGAGAAAUGAAUAAAUUCGGCUCUCAAGAGGCGUCCUAUUCCCAUGACCUUGAGUUCCGAGUGGAUUACGAGUUGCGUGCCCAGAAGUCUCUCGUGGAUUUCUACAGUGGCAUCUCGACCAUGCCCACUGCCCACGUGCAGUACUGGGAGAGCAGAGACAGUGCCAUCUUCUUCCUCCAGACGCUCAUGAAGCCACUGCAGAAAGAACCACUAUCUCUACAGGCUAGGAAAAUGGUCCCGUCAGCUCCGUCUUCCUCUUCGACUGCAAACAACAAACUAUGACGACACGAUUUGUGAUGAAAACAGAAAGGACAAACUCAGUUAUAGCGUAAUCAGAUGAGACGCAAUCAGAUCCUAAUCCGAGCUAUCUUGGCAGAAGGAGUGGAAGAAUGAUCAACUUCUAUCAAUCAGAUGCGAAAUACAAUUAGUUAACAAGCUACUAUCGUAUGACCUGCUAUGCUGCAACACAAUCACUGUUACUGAAAAUACGGUCAAGACUAUCCUUAAAAACCGAUAUAAUUGAACUUGCAUAAUCCACAACUCCGAGACUUGAUAACAUCAAUAAAACAUAGCGUGCUUUUGUCGGCUAGUGACUUUAAUUGAGAUAUGAUCCGAAAAGUUUUCGAUAAAUUUGUUGUGUACUCAUUGGAGAAAAGUCAAUAUAGUUUUCUAUGCUUUGAUCCCCGUGUAAAAAUUGUAAAUAUUGCGAUGUUACCAAUUUAUUACCAUUUCCUUCAUUUUUAGUUAAAUUUGAGUUAUUCAAAAUCUUA